AAAUCUAUAUAAAGUUCUGCCCUAAUUCUACUGCCUCUCCGUUCGCUGGUGUUUAUGCGCCGGCAGCGGCCUCGAGACGUGUUGACUGUUGAUUAGAGAUACGUUUUGACAUCCCGUUUGGGGAGGUCUGUGGGAUCGAAUUGUUGAUGGGCUCUAAAGAUGAGAAGCCGACUGGUGGAGGCUUGUUCUCCUCCAUCACGUCUAGCGUUCGGAAUUGGGGCAGUGCGAUGCAGCGAUCAGUCAACGGGCUACUGGGUUAUGAAGGACUUGAAGUUAUCAAUCCUGAAGGAGGCAACGAAGAUGCUGAGGCAGAAGCACAGCGAGGAAGAUGGAAGCAAGAGGAUAGAGAUGGUUAUUGGAAGAUGAUGCACAAAUAUAUAGGAUCGGAUGUAACAUCACUUGUGACAUUGCCUGUCAUCAUUUGUGAGCCAAUGACAAUGCUUCAGAAGAUGGCUGAGUUAAUGGAGUACUCUUACUUAUUAGAUCUAGCAGAUCAGUGUGAGGAUCCAUAUAUGCGGUUAGUUUAUUCUUCUUCUUGGGCAAUUUCUGUGUACUAUGCCUUUCAGCGUACAUGGAAGCCUUUCAAUCCUAUCCUUGGUGAGACUUAUGAAAUGGUUAAUCAUGGUAAUCUGACAUUCAUCGCAGAACAGGUUAGUCAUCAUCCACCAAAGAGCGCAGCACAUGCUGAGAAUGAUCAUUUUACUUAUGAUAUCACUUCAAAAUUGAAAACAAAAUUUUUAGGAAAUUCCCUUGAAAUUUAUCCUCUGGGAAGGACAAGGGUGAAACUCAAGAAAGAUGAUGUAAUACUGGAUUUGGUGCCACCUCUUACAAAGGUUAAUAAUCUUAUAUUCGGGCGCACAUGGACUGACUCACCUGGUGAGAUGAUUAUGACAAACUUGACCACUGGGGAUAAAGUUGUAUUGUAUUUCCAACCAUGUGGCUGGUUUGGUGCUGGGCGAUAUGAAGUGGAUGGAUAUGUAUACAGUGCAGAAGAAGAACCAAAAAUACUAAUGACUGGAAAAUGGAAUGAAUCAAUGAGUUGCCAGCCGUGUGAUCAGGAAGGAGAACCCCUACCUGGAACUGAGCUAAAGGAGGUAUGGAGACUUGCUGCAGCUCCUGAAAAUGACAAAUUUCAAUACACAUAUUUUGCCCAUAAAAUAAACAGCUUCGAUACAGCACCUAAAAGGUUUUUAGCAUCAGACUCCCGAUUGCGAUCUGAUAGAUAUGCACUCGAGAAAGGUGAUUUGUCCAAAGCCGGUGCAGAAAAGAGCAGUUUGGAGGAGCGACAGAGAGCAGAAAAAAGGAUCCGAGAAGCUAAGGGACAUCAGUUUACGCCAAGAUGGUUCAACAUAACCAGUGAAAUCAGUCCCACACCCUGGGGUGAUAUAGAGGUGUACGAAUACAGCGGUAAAUACUCAGAGCACCGGGCUCAGAUCGAUAGCUCCAAAACUAUCGACGAGAUUGAUAUGGAAACUAUCAAGUUCAAUCCAUGGCAGUAUGCCGAUCUGUCUGCAGAAUGAGGCUUGUAUGCGUGGCAGCAAAAGACUUACCUGUCUACUUGUAUCAUGGAUUGCAAACACAUCGUCUUGUGAUCUUAUAUAAUUUAAUAGUUUCUUGUAUUUUUGUAUUCCAAUCUUGUUUCAUGGAUGAUCCAUUUUGUAGAAUCUUCUUUUUCCCCAAAUUCUUGGAUGUUGAUGUUAUCAUGCUUA